CACAGCAUAUUUCCGUCAGCAUUAGCAUCCAUCUCUGAUCUCACUCACCAUUCACCAACCUGCUUCUCUGUUCUCUUCUUUCCCUUCCCAAGAAGAAGAAGAAGAAGAUGCCUUCUUCAGAAUCAUCAACAGGCUUCUCCGAAACCAUUUGUGUGACCGGCGCUGGUGGCUUCAUCGCCUCUUGGAUGGUCAAACUCCUCUUGGAGAAAGGCUACACUGUCCGAGGAACCCUCAGAAACCCAGAUGAUCCCAAGAACGGGCACUUAAAAGAGUUUGAAGGAGCUUCCCAGAGACUAACUCUGCAUAAGGUUGACCUCCUUCAUCUUGACUCCGUUAGAUCUGUUAUUAACGGCUGUCAUGGUGUCUUUCACACUGCUUCUCCCGUCACCGAUAACCCCGAAGAAAUGGUGGAGCCUGCGGUGAAUGGAGCUAAGAAUGUGAUCAUAGCAGCUGCAGAGGCUAAAGUUAGACGCGUGGUGUUCACCUCAUCCAUUGGUGCCGUUUACAUGGACCCCAAAAGGAGCAUCGAUUUGGUGGUUGACGAGUCCUGUUGGAGUGAUUUAGAAUUUUGCAAGAACACCAAGAAUUGGUAUUGCUAUGGGAAGGCUGUGGCUGAAGAAGCGGCAUGGGACACAGCAAAAGAGAAAGGGGUGGACAUGGUUGUAGUGAACCCAGUUUUGGUACUUGGACCAUUACUGCAACCCAGCAUAAAUGCUAGUACAAUUCACAUCCUCAAGUACCUCACUGGCUCUGCUAAGACCUAUGCAAAUGCCACACAGGCGUAUGUUCAUGUUAGGGACGUGGCAUUGGCCCACAUACUUGUUUAUGAGAAGCCUUCUGCCUCUGGUAGAUACAUAUGUGCCGAAAGCUCUCUCCACCGUGGAGAAUUAGUUGAAAUUCUCGCCAAGUAUUUCCCCGACUACCCAGUUCCCACCAAGUGUUCAGAUGAAAAGAAUCCGAGAGCAAAACCCUACACUUUUUCAAAUCAAAAACUGAAAGAUUUGGGAUUGGAAUUCACCCCAGUGAGUCAGUGUUUAUAUGAAACCGUCAAGAACCUGCAGGAGAAAGGGCACCUUCCUGUUCCUGCAAGGCAGCAGGAAGAUUCAACUACUGUGAAACCUUAAACGAGCUAUCCCUUUUUAUCUAAUUUGUCAACAAACAAGAAGCUGCAGCUUUUGGCAAUCUGGGCUCAUCUUAUAUUAUUAUAGAGAAUCCUACAUUAGAAGAUUUCUGUAUUUGGAUUUCGUAAAAAAAAAAAAGACAUCGACCAAAUUGUUGCCGUGUAUGAACUUGAUAAUAUUAGUGGAAUUUAUUCCUCUUGUUGAGUUGAAUUAUUCUGCUCCUCAAGCUCUUUUAUCUAUCUUAAAAGAAAUUGUAUUCUUUAA